AUGGAGCUGGGCGAAAGUCUCUUGCUUUUGCUGGUAGUUUGCAUUUCAGCCUCGGUUCUCAUCUCAGCAUGGAGCCAAAUGGCUCAGCGGCAGCAGCUGCCCCCAGGCCCGGCACCCCUCCCCAUCCUGGGCAACUUGCUGGAACUGAAGGAGAGACACUGCCCAGUGACGUACUUUCUGUGGUUCUUGUUGCAGCUGAGAGACCAAUACGGGCCUGUAUUCACCGUCCACCUGGGCCCUCGGCGGGUGGUCGUCCUCUAUGGGUAUGAGGCGGUCAAGGAAGCCCUGGUGGAUCACAGUGAAGAGUUCAGUGGGAGGGGUCACUUGGCCACGGUGGAUGACUUCGUCCAGGGUUACGGGAUUGCUUUUGCCAACGGGGAGCGAUGGAGACAGCUCCGCCGGUUCACCCUCAGCACCUUGCGCAAUUUUGGGAUGGGGAGUCGUUCCAUUGAGGAGCGGAUCCAGGAGGAGGCAUGCUUCCUAGUGGAGGAAUUCCGGAAAACCAAUGGUUCGCCCUUCGACCCCACGUUCUUCCUCAGCCGCUCUGUCUCCAACAUCAUCUGCUCCAUCGUGUUUGGCCAACGCUUUGACUACAAGGACAAAGACUUCCUGACCUUGCUGGCCAAGAUAAACGAGAACUUUGUGGGGAUGAGUGCCACCGGUGGUCAGCUGUAUGAGAUGUUUUCGUGGAUUAUGAAGUUCCUGCCAGGCCCCCACCAGCAGUUAUUCCGGAACCUCAAUGACAUCUGCGAUUUUGUGGCGGAGAGGAUCAAGGUGAACGAGGCGUCUCUCGACCAUGACCAUCCCCGAGACUUCAUUGAUUGUUUCCUGAUCCAAAUGGAAAAGGAAAGCAAAAACCCAUCAAGCGAGUUUCACCUCAAGACGAUGAUCAUGACGGUCCUCAACCUCUUUAUUGCUGGGACUGAGACAGUGAGCUCCACCCUCCGGUUUGGAUUCCUGAUUCUCAUGAAGUAUCCAGAGGUACAAGCUAAAGUGUUCCAAGAAAUUGAUGACAUGAUCGGGAGGAGCCGCGCACCAGCUGUGGCGGACCGGGCUCAGAUGCCAUACACAGAUGCCGUGAUCCACGAGAUCCAGCGGUUUAGCGACGUCAUUCCUAUGAACCUCCCUCAUGCCCUGACCAAGGCAACCAAAUUCAGGGGCUACACCUUGCCCAAGGGAACAGAGGUCUUCCCCUUGCUGACCUCUGUGCUGAGAGACCCCGAUAGCUUCAGUGACCCAGAGAAAUUCAACCCGGGUCAUUUCUUGGACAAAGAAGGGAGCUUCAAGAAGAACGAUGCCUUCAUGCCCUUCUCCGCAGGGAAACGGAUCUGUGCCGGGGCCGGCCUGGCCCGCAUGGAGCUCUUCAUCUUCCUGACAUCUCUGCUGCAAAAUUUCACCCUCACAUCUCCUGUAGACCCCAAGGACCUCGACCUCACUCCGCCCGUGAGCGGAUUCGCAAACAUUCCACCCACCUACCAGCUCUGUGCCCUUCCACGCUGA